AAUCCAUUCUCCCAAGAAGAAGGGACAGAAAGAAAGACCACUUUGUAAGAAAGGCUUUGGUAUCCCAUGAACGAGCCAACCGAACACCGAUUGGGGUGCACCAGGACUCCAGAGCCAGAUAUAAGGCUCAGAAAAGGGCACCAACUUGAUGAUACAAGGGGAGGUAACAAUGACAACCACCAUGGAGAUUUGGAGCCCAGUUUAGAGACACCUGUUUGUUCUUCCUAUUAUGAAAAUAGCCCCGAGGAACUCGAGUGUCACGAUGACAACUCCCAAGAAGAUGAAGGGUUUAUGGGCAUGUCCCCUCUCCUACAAGCCCAUCAUGCUAUGGAACGGAUGGAAGAGUUUGUGUGUAAGGUGUGGGAAGGUCGAUGGCGAGUGAUCCCUCAUGAUGUGCUGCCAGAUUGGCUUAAGGACAAUGACUUCCUUCUCCAUGGACACCGGCCUCCUAUGCCUUCUUUCCGGGCCUGUUUUAAGAGCAUCUUUAGAAUACACACAGAGACGGGCAACAUUUGGACACAUCUCCUAGGUUGUGUAUUCUUCCUGUGCCUGGGGAUCUUUUAUAUGUUUCGCCCAAAUAUAUCUUUUGUGGCCCCUCUGCAAGAGAAAGUGGUCUUCGGGUUGUUCUUCUUGGGAGCCAUUCUCUGCCUUUCCUUUUCAUGGCUCUUCCACACGGUGUACUGCCACUCAGAAGGGGUCUCCCGACUCUUCUCUAAAUUGGAUUACUCUGGUAUUGCUCUUCUGAUCAUGGGAAGUUUUGUUCCUUGGCUUUAUUAUUCUUUCUACUGUAACCCACAACCUUGCUUCAUCUACCUGAUUGUCAUCUGUGUGCUGGGCAUUGCAGCCAUUAUCGUCUCUCAGUGGGACAUGUUUGCCACCCCUCAGUAUCGGGGGGUCAGAGCAGGAGUGUUCGUGGGCUUAGGUCUGAGUGGAAUCAUCCCUACCUUGCAUUAUGUCAUCUCAGAAGGGUUCCUGAAGGCUGCCACCAUAGGGCAGAUAGGCUGGCUAAUGCUCAUGGCUAGCCUCUAUAUCACAGGAGCUGCCCUCUACGCGGCCCGUAUCCCUGAGCGCUUCUUUCCUGGCAAAUGUGACAUCUGGUUUCACUCUCAUCAGCUCUUCCACAUCUUUGUGGUUGCUGGUGCCUUUGUUCACUUCCACGGAGUCUCAAACCUGCAGGAAUUUCGUUUCAUGAUUGGUGGGGGCUGCACUGAAGAGGAUGCGCUGUGAUACUCUCCAGGAACCAGGGACUUUGACCCUGAGCCAGGCCUGCAGCUCCCGCAGGCCUUCUUACUGGCUGUCGGUGCCAGUGCCAGAGAAGCCCCAAAACUUGGACAGCCUCACGGGCCUUGUGUUAGCCCAAGGGCUCCAUGGGGUACAAGACUAAGAAGAGAAAAAAAUAAAUCAUACCUCAAAGGAUGGAACGCAUCAAUUUGGAGAAAAGGAGAAAUGCUCAUCCCUGGCUUCCUCUUGGGAUCUACUGAUUGACAGCAAUUCGGCAAGACCUGCCUGACAGACUGGCUCCUGACGUGACCAUACUUAUGUGUAGAAGAUGGGGAAACAGUUUAGUUGGUGGUUCUUUCUUCUCCCUUUCUUGCUCCUUAAAGCAGUAAUACGUAUGAGUACCAUGCGCCAACUGAUUGCCAUGUGCCAUUGGAGCUCCUUAAAACAAUAAUCAAAACCAAUUUAGGUGAACAUUUAUAUCCAAUAAAGGGGUGGGAGUGUGGUUUUAGGCACUCCUUUGGGAGAACAAAGAAAUUAAUGUAAAUAAGAUUUCUAA